UACACGGAAGCGUUUUCUCUCGUUGAAGUGGUGCAGGAGAACUCUGAGCGGGUAGUUUUACCACCCGAACACCACAUUUUUCUCCCUUAUAAGACGUCAUUCUUUCUCUGCAGACGACCACCUUCGUUUUUUUCAGCAUAAUUCAGAAAAUGGAGUCAACCCGCUCCUGUUUCAGGAGUUUAUUGAGUUAUCUGUUAAUCUGCGUCACUCUGUGGAGCGAGCAAAGCUGCGGGUUGUUUGGACAAUCCAACCGGAGACCAAACAUCGUCUUAAUCCUCACUGACGACCUGGACGUCGCGUUGGGCGGCUUGAACCCACUGAGCAAAACCAAAAAGCUAAUUGGUGACGCGGGGAUAUCCUUCACAAACGCAUUUGUUGCCAGUCCUCUCUGCUGCCCGAGUCGAGCCAGCAUCCUGACUGGGAAAUACCCCCACAACCACCACGUCAUCAACAACACGUUGGAGGGGAACUGCAGCAGCACAGCCUGGCAGAAGAGCGAAGAGCCCCAGACUUUCCCCGCUUUGCUGAAGAUCUAUGGAGGCUAUCAGACCUUCUUCGCAGGGAAAUACCUCAACCAGUAUGGACACGCUGAGGCUGGUGGAGUGGAGCAUGUUCCUCCAGGCUGGAGCUACUGGGUUGCACUGGAGAAGAACUCUAAAUACUACAACUACACUCUGUCCGUGAACGGGAAGACUCAGAAACAUGGAGCAGACUACAGCAAAGACUACCUGACAGAUCUGCUGGCCAACAGGUCUUUAGAGUUCCUCCAGUAUAAAUCCAGCAACCAGCCGUUCUUCAUGAUGGUGUCCACGCCGGCCCCCCACUCCCCCUGGACGGCAGCUCCUCAGUACAAGGACCACUUCAACGACACAAAGGCUCCCAGAGAUCCCAACUUUAAUGUCCAUGGGAAGGACAAACAUUGGUUGAUCCGCCAGGCUAAAACUCCCAUGACCAACUCCUCAAUUCAGUUCCUCGAUAAUGCCUUCAGGAAACGAUGGCAAACUUUACUGUCAGUGGAUGAUCUGGUGGAGAAAAUCGUGAAGAAGUUGGAGGUCAGAGGUGAACUAGAGAACACCUACAUCUUCUUUACUUCUGAUAAUGGCUACCACACAGGUCAGUUCUCUCUGCCACUGGACAAACGUCAGCUCUAUGAGUUCGACAUCAGAGUUCCUCUCAUGGUCAGAGGACCAAACAUCAAACCCAACCAGACCAGCCAGAUGCCAGUGGCAAACGUCGACCUCGGGCCGACCAUCCUGGACAUCGCCGGCUACAAUGUUAACAAGACCCAAAUGGAUGGCAUGUCCUUCCUGCCCAUCAUGCAAGGGAAGAUGAACAGCAGCAGCUGGAGAACAGACAUCCUGGUGGAGUAUGAAGGAGAAGGAAGGAACAUUUCGGACCCAGCUUGCCCGCUGUUGGGACCGGGAGUUUCGGAAUGUUUCCCAGACUGUGUGUGCGAGGACUCGUACAACAAUACUUAUGCCUGCGUGCGCACCAUUGCCCCCUCUGCCAACCUGCAGUACUGCGAAUUCGAUGACGACGAGGUGUUCGUGGAGGUGUACAACGUGACGGCAGAUCCUUACCAGCUGAACAACAUCGCAAAGACCAUAGAGCAGGAAGUGCUGGAGAAGAUGAACCAUCGGCUGAUGAUGCUGCAGUCAUGCUCUGGGCAGACGUGUCGAACACCUGGAGUUUACGAUCCAAGGUUUGAGUUUAUCACCCGGCAGCUGUUUUCAAGCCACACCUGGAGGCCCUGCAGAGUCGGACAGAAGUAAAACCAGAAAGGAUGAGGGUAAAGGAAGAAGUAUUUUCCUGCUGCCACUGCCUUGUUUUGAACCCUCCUGAGCCUGAUGGAGAAGGGAUCUGUGGGAGCCAGAUUUACAUUUAAAACUUCCGGUCUGGGCCUUGGUUCAUUUUAUUUUGAUGUUUGUGAAACAUAAUUUUUUAAGACUGAGAAUGAAUUCAAAUCAUGUCUCUUCAUCAGCACAGUUUUGCACGUCUGGGCAGUCUAUCUUUAAUGAACCGUUUGUCCCAUAUCUGAGUGUAGAAAGUUAUUUGGGACAGUUUCGCUCCGACUUCAUUCCAGUGCCCAACCUAGAAAAACGUCUAUUCAGACUGUAGCCCCAAGUUCCUCGGUUUCUUCUGUCUAAUGCAAACAUGAUCAUCACAUAUUACAUUUCUUAAGAUCCAAUUUUGUUUUUAAACCAGUAGCAGUCAACUUGGAGACUAGAUUAGCAAACUAAUCUGCUGCAGGUUAGACAUUAACUCCUACAUAAGACCCUAACGUAAACCCUAAACUAUACCCUUUUAAUAUGCCCUAGAACAGUGGUGUGCUACUCCAGUCCACAAGGGCCUGCGACUUUUCUUCCCUACACCUGAAUAAAAUGUAUGGCUCAUUACCAGGCCUGUGCAGAACUUCACUGCAUACUAAAGAGGUAAUUCUGCUGUGUUACAUCUAAAGGUUCCAAGAGUUGCCCUAGAAGAUCUUGCCAAAUUCCUGCAAUGACUAUAUUUUGAUGCCGUCUGAUGAAGGUACCCUGAAACAGCAGGGCUAAAAAUAAAAUACAAUAUAGCAAAGCACAGAAGAAUUACUGUGGCAUUGAACUAGGUGAAGAUGGGCUUCUGUGGAGAGUUGAAUAGCAGUUUAUAUCUUAGGAGUCCAAACUAAGGUCGUUAAAAAGGUUUGUUACCUCAAAGCAUUUUUCGCUCACUUAAAUGUAAAAGAUCCAAGUAUGAGAGGCCCCAAAAAGGUUGAAUUAAUCAAUGAAAUAGGUACAACUCCUGCUAUGUCACUCACAUCACAUGUAUGCAGAAACACUGUCUGCAAUGAUUAAAGAUCAGGGUAUAAAGGGCAUCUGAAAUUGAAACAAGUCCCGACAUAUUAUUUACCAGAUUCAGGCUCAUGAACAAACUUUUGCUUAUCAUCUCGCCACUGACAAAGCUUACUACUUAUAACCUCUCCACAGAAGCCUGAUGUAAAAGAACCCACAUUAGGAAUUGACAUUUGCAGAAAUUAAAUUAGAAAAACUUUUAACUUUAAAGAAAGUGCCAAAUGUAGUUCUUUUUUUAAUUUAUAUUAAAAGUUGGAUUAGGGACAUGAUUUAAACUAAGGGAAUUUUUCUGGUAUAGUUAUUUAUUAGCAUUUUAAAAGAUAUUCUAUUGUGAAGAAUAAACUACUGCUUUCUGUCUUUUUAAAUGUUGAAAUACUCAUUUAAAACUGCAUGCAUAUAUUUUAAAUCCAGAAAAGCUGCUAGUAAAAUGUUUUUUUCUUCAAGCUGAUCACUUUUUUUAAAAUGAAAGAUGCACUUUUAAAUGUCAGAAGAGAUUAAUUGUAUUUUUUGCUUGUAUUUUUGUCCAAAUAAAGAACUUCUCACUGUU